AUGGAGCGCAGGAGUUCAGUCUCAGCACUGCUAGACGAGUCCCGGCGGCCGACCCCAAUAUAUGAUGUGUCGCUGGGCGACGAAGACGACAGCUUGGAGAUCGUGGCCGAAGUGAGUACGCCCGCUUCAGACGAUGUGGAGGAGAUCAGACGAACUCGCCGGCCGCAAGGACUUCGCCGCCGCGUGCCCGCGGACCUGGGAGCUCGAGGCCUUCGUCGCCACCGGGUACUGAGAACAAGUACUACGUCCCAGAGACGUCCCAGUGACGCGGAGGUACAGAUCAUCGAUGAGAGACCGCGGUUGACGCCACCACCUCCACCACAGUUCCCCCGACCGCCGGAACGGCUAGUCGACCUGGCGUCAUUCAGAAGCUUCAUCGAACGCUUAGGCGGUAUCCACGUUGACCACGGAUUCAAUAUGAUGGCGAUAAUGCAAGGCAGAGGAAUGUUGUUUGGUGGCGACGAUAACGAGAUCGAGGAACUGAUCAUGCGCCGGAUCGAACGCGACAACGACCGAGCCGUCGAUGAACGCUUUGAAAAGGAGAAAGUGUUCAAUUUGAAAACAAUCCAGCUGAAGCGAGAGGUUGCUGAACACGAGGAUAAACAAAAGUAUACCAACGAUCUCUCACCAAAUGACAUUACAGUAUGUGAGCUCUGCGGCGUUCGUCUUAGAGAGGGUAUCCCCGAUGGGUUCCGCACCGACCCUCGAUAUAACGCCAAGCUCGACGAGUACCAGACCGAGUACGGAGUGUUGGCUCCCUGGUUUUGCCUGAUAACGCUUACCGAAACUGAUUGUGAGCUUUCCAAACGAGUGUUCGCUGCCAAAUGCGGCCACACCUAUUGUGGGCGAUGUGUCAAAAAUAUAGGCAACGCUCCCCGGGCCAAACGCCAAAAAUUGAAAGACAUGAGCCACCCGCAAGUGUAUGCUCCGCUCAAAUGUAGCUGUGGUGGCAGUUUGAAGCGCAAGUUCACCGAACUCUAUCCCUAA